AUGGCCCGACCAAUAUUUGCCAGUCGCUUGAACCUGAAACCAGGAGAUUCCAUAAGAUUGGUGGGAGACAUAUUGCCUGAUGCCAGAAGAUUUGUAAUAGAUUUGGACAAAGAUGGAAGCAACAUUGGUCUCCGCUUCAGCCCAAACUUCGACUAUGAAAGGGACUACAAAAACAUCCUGUGCAACAGCAUGCAGGAUGGUGCAUGGGAUGCAGAAAUAAGGCAUGCCUAUUUCCCCUUUGUGCAAGGGACCACCAUGGAGUGGAAGGCUCUACUACAACAGUGGAAGACCGGAGCGGCUCAGUACUCGGCGGAAGCCCGGAACCAUAAGCUCUAUUUGAAGGGUUUGAAAUCUCCCUGGGGUAUCUUCUCUCCCGCUUGGAGAGAGCGUUAUCUUUCGAGGAACCAGCGCGACCAAAAGAAUCACAGGAGCAUUUCUCAUUCUCUGACAUGCCCCAACUCUGACAAGGGCAAUUCCUCCUAUACCACCAUCACCAUUCCCUCCAACCUGAAGCUGUUCGUUAUUUCUGGCUGCCCGGUCCGAAGUCUUGGCAAGCAGGAAAUUUUUAUUGAAAAUAUGAACCUCCAACCUGAAGUGUGUAUAAAACUACUGGGCGAUAUACUACCUAAUCCCACCCUAUUUCAAAUUAACUUGGGCAAGGAUGAAUUUAAUAUCGGCCUACACUUCAACCCACGCUUCCAAGAGAAAACCAUCGUCUGCAAUAACUCUACAUAUGGAUCAUGGGGCAAAGAACAAAGGGAGAAUAGAUUCCCCUUUAGGCCAGGGACAACCACAGAGAUUUCCAUUAUCUUUGAUGGGAGGAAGUUUUUGAUAAAGCUGCCUGAUGGUCAUCAGUUCACUUUCCCCAAUCGCCAUAACUUAGAAGAGAUUGACUACAUGUCAGUUUAUGGUGAUUUCCAUGUCAAAAGGGUGGAUUUCGAGUGA